AUGAGCGGCGCAGAAGAGGCGAGCAAGCGCUGCGCGCCCGCGGCCCCGCGCUCCGCGUUCACCAUCCAGUCCAUCCUGGGCGGCGGCGCCGACGGCUCCCGCGCGGCCUCCGCGCGCCCGCGCAACCCCUCGCUCUCCUCGGACGACGAGGAGGAGGCCGAGGAGAGCUGGAAAGGCCGCGGCUGCCCCUGCGCCGCCGCGCCCGGCGCCCACGACGCGUGUCGCCCGCCCCAGCCGCUCGCCUUCACCUGCAUCACCGGCAGCGCCAAGGGCAGCGUCGCGGAGCGGCCGCCCUUCCUGCCGCCCUCGCCCGCGGACUUUAAGGCGGAGAAGGAGAAGGCGCCGGGGCGCUGCUCGCCCUCGUGCGCCGAGCGGCCCCGCGACGGCGCCGAGCGGCAGGCGGCCAAGAAGAAGACGCGCACSGUGUUCAGCCGCAGCCAGGUCUACCAGCUCGAGUCCACCUUCGACGUGAAGCGCUACCUGAGCAGCUCGGAGCGCGCGUGCCUCGCCUCGAGCCUGCAGCUCACCGAGACGCAGGUGAAGACGUGGUUCCAGAACCGCCGCAACAAGUGGAAGCGGCAGCUCUCGGCCGAGCUGGAGGCGGCCAACCUGGCGCACGCCUCGGCGCAGACUCUCGUGGGGAUGCCGCUCGUGUUCAGGGACAGCUCCGUGCUGCGCGUGCCCGUGCCGCGCUCCGUCGCCUUCCCGGCGCCGCUCUACUACCCCGGCAGCAGCCUCCCGGCCCUGCCGCUCUACAACCUCUACAGCAAGGUCGACUACUGA